UAAGAGGAAGGUUCAAGCUUCUUUCUUUCUUUUAUUCUGCUAGUAUACACAGAUAUGUACAUAAAUUAGUGUGAGGGCGACUUUGCAAUCAUCAAAGACUGUUUGUUUCUUUUCCCCAAGAGAAAAUGACCCCAAUCCUUAUUCAUUUGUUUCUUCAUCUACUGCUACUACUACACUCUGGCGUAGAAGUAGCAGCCCAAGAUAAAUGCUUGCCAACAAGAUGUGGCGACUUUGGUCCGCUCAUCCGGUUCCCAUUCCGGCUAAAAAAUCAACAACCACCUGGCUGUGGCUACCCUGGUUUCGAACUAUCUUGUACAUCAGACAAUAUUACUCAAUUCAUGCUCCCAUUUCCCCUGUGGGCAUCGACCAAGAACAUUGACAUUUCACUAUCAACCAAUGUUUCUGUUGGGGAAAUUGAUUACAAGUCACAGAAAAUAAAAGUAUCAGGUUUCAAUCCUUUGUGUCUUCCAAGGCACCUUCAAAACAUAAAUGCGUCUGCUUCUCCGUUCACUACAAUUCCUCAGGAUCCAUAUGUUGGCUACACUUUAUUCAAUUGUUCCUCAGACAAAGGGUACGCAAUUCCUUUUGAUCGGAUAACUUGCCUUAGCGGCCCACAUUAUGACGUCCUUGCUCUUGCCUCUUCAAUGAGUAUCUCUUUUUUACCAUCUUCUUGUAAAUAUAUGUACAAUAUUUCAUAUAUCCCAGACGAGGUACUUUCUGGGCAACGAGAAUUAAGUCAAACCCAGAUUCCUCUCCAUUGGUCUGAACCAUUUUGUGGGAAUUGUGAAGCUGAUGGAAACUACUGCAAGUUGAAAUCCAAUGGUUCAGGUAGCGAAACCGAAUGCGUUGACGGCCCAGGAGAACCUAGCAAAGGGCUGUCAAAAGAAGGCAUUGUCGCAAGUGUACUGGGUGGUGCGUCUGCUUUUGUAGCAGUCUACGGACUAGUCAAAUUGAAAAUAAAGAAAGAGGAUCAAAAAAGGGUUGAGAGGUUUUUGGAGGAUUAUAAAGCUCUCAGACCUACAAGAUACAGUUAUGCAGAUAUCAAAAAGAUUACAAAGCAAUUCAAGUAUAAACUAGGUCAAGGAGGUUAUGGGAAAGUAUACACAGGGAAGCUGACCAAGGAAAUUCUUGUUGCGGUUAAGGUCCUUAACAAUUUCAAGGGCGAUGGUGAAGACUUUAUUAAUGAAGUGGGCAGUAUAGGCAGAAUUCACCAUGUGAAUGUUGUGCGCUUAGUUGGAUAUUGUGCUGAUGGAUAUCGACGAGCUCUUGUGUAUGAAUAUUUACCAAACGAUACGCUUCAAAAGAUCAUAUCAUCAGGGAAUGGAAACACGUCACUAGGUUGGGAGAAGAUGCAACAAAUAGCUGUAGGAAUCGCCAAAGGGAUCGAGUAUUUGCAUCAAGGGUGCAAUCAAAGAAUUGUACAUUUUGAUAUUAAGCCUCAUAAUAUCUUGCUAGACCAAGAUUUCAAUCCAAAAGUUGCAGAUUUUGGGCUAGCAAAGUUGUGUGCCAAGGACCAAAGUGCUGUAUCAAUGACUGCUGCUCGAGGCACCAUUGGCUAUAUUGCCCCUGAAGUGUUCUCCAGGAACUAUGGAAAUGUGUCAUAUAAAGCAGAUAUUUAUAGUUUUGGCAUGUUGUUGCUUGAUAUGAUUGGUGGAAGGAAGAAAUUUGAAGUCGCAAAUGAACAGAACGAUAUUAGUGAGAUUUACUACCCAGAGUGGAUGUACAAACAACUAGAGAAAGGAGAAGAAAUAGAAAUCCAAAUUGAGGAUGAAGAUGACAGCAGCAUAAUCAAGAAACUAGCAAUUGUAGGACUUUGGUGUAUUCAAUGGUCUCCAGCGGAUAGACCAUCCAUGAAAGUUGUGAUACAAAUGCUAGAAGGUGAAGGCAUUCCCAUUAUGCCAGCAAAUCCUUUCGGCUCUAUAAAUUCGCCAAACGUGGGUUCAAAUGCAGAAAGAAGCCAAUUCGGCUGUGAGCUUGGAAGCAGUUUUGGAACUGGUGCAAGUUUGAAUAUUGAGUAACUGUGAUAUAUAAUAUUUCUCACCUUAAAGAAAGAAACAAAGGGAAGGAGGCCCUCCCUACUUCAAUGGAAAGGGGCGAGUCGCCAUUUCACAGCCGCUCCUCUACAACUACCUUUCCCCAAACAUGAUCACGAACGAAGAUAGAGAAUUGCGUAUAUAGGAGGACGAAACGAACCAACCCGGUUGUCCUGAUCGGAAUGAUUGAAUCGAGACACUCUUUCUCUUAUAGCGGAAUUCCCCUUCACUUGCCAAACCUUCUUCUUCCUGGUCCUAUCGAACCAGACACUGAAUACCUGGCCGUACCCAAGUCUAGUCUGCUAGCAUAUCCUUGGUGUAUACCUAUAUCAAUUUGGUUGAAUAGGACUUUGAAUAUUUAUUUCUCAAACAGCAUCUAUACAA